UAGCAAAACUAAUAUUGUUUUUUUGUUUUGACUUUUGAUAUUUUCAUUCGUAUAACGACAAAUUUUAUUUGGUUUUCAGGUUCGUGAAACAAGCAAAUUAUUUUUUACCUCUUCUUUCCAAAAUUCUGAAAUGAUUUACCCAAGUGGCAUAUGAAUAAAACUACUGUACCAAUAUGUGGGUUGCCGACUUCAUACACGAGAAACUCGACUAAUGCGUUACUAUAACAUAUCGUCAUAUAAUCAGUCUGAUGAUUUCAAUAGCGACAAAUAUUAUAAUGCGCGGGUAAUAUCUUUUAUUAGCGACACGAAUUAGAAAUAAUGUAUCCAAAAAGACAAUUUUGAUACCAGUGCGUAAUCAGUGCGUGCAAGUUUCCGACGAUAAUAAAUAUACAGGUUUAUUACUCGUGAAACUGGCUCGAUGUAAUGUCUGAGAAUGAAGAAAGUCACGGAGAGAGUACAUACGUGAUAAUGACUGUUAAGUAUCAGUUUAUUCGAUGUGGUGCAUGUGACUCGUGAUUUUCCAGGACAGAUAAGAAUCGGAUAAUCGGAUGUUGGAAACAUUCAAGCUAUUAAUCACUCAAUAAAAUGAUAACACCUUGUGCUGUAUUAUGCUUUGUCUCAUCAAUCUCAUCCGCAAUCAUUCAACACAUGUUUUGAAUACUUCGUAUUAAUUGUGCCAAGUUGUCAUAAUUUCACCACAUUUUUUUACACUUUGUUAAAUAUUAAAUACUUUAAUAAUUAUCUUUUUUCUGUACGUAUUAUAUAAUUUUACUCUAUCAUCUUUCAUGUAAAUUUUAAUGUCAAUCUGUCGUACAAUUUGUCACAUCACAUUCUUCUCGAUAAAUAACGGACUAAAGUCUCUGUUUUAUUUGUACCUCAGUGUGGUUGUGUAAUAAGGAAAUAUUUCUUUAUUUGAUUUCUGUUAUUGAAAGAAUACAAGAAAGCAAUAGAACAUAUUAAACUAGUUAGACAACACUGCUGUCCUUAUUAUGUCAAAAUAGUGUAAUAUCUUUAUAUCAUAUCUAUCUCAAGACAUUACAAGUGGAAAGUAACAGCAAAAGUACAGUGUUUAUAAAUAUUUUCGGACCCAUAUACCUACAUACGUAAAUUGGUACAUUAAACACAACAAGAAGAAAAUAUUAGCAGAUUGUAAGGAUCAUUUAAAACUGCCGUGGGUUAUUAGCAACCAGCAUGUCUGCUGGGCGUAACUAAAAAAAAAAGAGAUCCCAUUGAGAUCAUCUACGAUCGGUCAAUCUUUUCACGCAGAUUUCUACGCGUAUACACGCAGAUUUCUAAUUUCUUAUCCUACAGGUAAAUAAGACGCUCAUUUACGUCGCUGGUUACAGCAAUGUGCAAUAUUCUAUUGUGCACUUGAGCGGAACCACACGCUUUGAGUACUUCAGAUAAAUAUGCAGCAGAUUGUAAGAUGUAAUACAGUUUGCGAUGCUCUGUUAUGAGAGCAGGAUGAUACUCCAGCGAGAAAUUCAAUCGAUAAUCUAAAAGUGGCGUAACAGAAUUGAAAAGCGAGUCGAAGGGAGUGAAGUAAAACAAUAACACGAUUUUUCGCAGGAUUUACCGGAUGUCAUUUCAGUUCCAGAUAUAAAGCUAGACUAAUUCAAGUAACGGCGAUUUAUUUCAAUUUACAAAUAUUUAACAGUGAACAAAACAAGUAAAUUUUGUGUUCUUUAUCUAAUUUUGAAAUAAGCUUCAACUAAACAAAGGAGACGACAAUUGUUCUUUAAAAUGUUUAACAUUGCGAACAAUUCGUGACGAACAGUUUAUGAAACAAACAACAUAUAAGUAUAAAAUCAUCGAAUCUAGCAUAAAAGCAUAAAAAGUUAUUGAUACGAAAGUGUAUAUCAGUACUUGAUCAGAGAGAUUCAAAAAUUGGAUCAAACAUUUAUAAAUCGAUUUUCCUCGAGAUAAGAACGUUCGAGGUAAAUGAAAUCUCGAUCUUACGCGACGACGCAAGACAUGGAGCGUUACCAUGAAGAACAUGAAGACUAUUCAUCGAGUUCUCUUCGGCCCGAAUGUCUGCAUGGCGUAACUGAAAAAGAAUCGCAAAACGACGUCAACGCAUCGUAUUCAGCCGGACCAUUUCCGCCCCUAUAGAGGCGUUAUAACGCGCUCAUUCGCGUGAAGACCUCCACUCCCUUUCUCUUGAACGACGAGAACACCCGCAGGAGCGUUCUUCUUAUCUACAACGACCGAGUCCGUGCAUCGUACAUACCGUUUCUGCGAUAUAACGUGACACAUAUAUCGGCACUGACAAUUUGGAUCAUAGUGUUUACCGCGAGCGUAUAUAUCGCUGGCUCACCGGUCGGAGCUCAUUUUACACGGACUGCCGAUUUUCCCGGCAACUGAAGCGUGCCCGGCGUGGUAUCCGCGGCGUCCGGUUAGUUUGUCGUCGAGUGGCGGAUCAACGGUGGAUCGCGUUAGUUCGCGGUUGCUCGCUGCACCGUUCAUUCCUUCUUCCUAUACUGUCCAUACUUAGUUGAUUUCCUAUAUGUCGUUUCCCUGUAAAGGUAAACGACUCCAAAAUUCAGCGUACGGAACGAAUUAAAAGGAUACAAACACGAACGAAGAGAUAUGUCGUGACAGUCGCAGCGUUCAUCUUUCGUUACCCGUCGUCGACUCUGGACAAAGAGAGUGCUCGCCCCGGCAUACACUCGGAUGUUCUUGCGAUUUGAGAAAACGUUCGUCGAAUACUCCGUGACCUAGGAAAACCGUCAGUGCGCGAUGACGUCUUGACGAUUAAAUAGGGUGAAAUAGGAACAGGCGAAAGAGUGAGAUCGUAGACAAAACCACGUGCAGAUAUCACCAGUGGAUUUCCAGCGAGAGCCUGUUCUUCAUGAACGUGAGAAAAGAUGCUGUUGAGAGUUAACCUGGUCGCAAUUCUGCUGACCUUGAAUUGCGUCAGCCGUGCGACUGAGCAUUCGAGAUCGGUGCUAGAGAAAUGGCAGAGGGAAGAGAGAGCCGUCACUUCCGACAAAAAGAUCCUCAGGUACACGUAUGAUAAUGUCACAUCUGAGAGUUCUAUUUCUUCGGUCAAUGAUCGCAACGCCAGCGAGGUAGCUGAGAUCGAUCGUUCAAUUGACGAAGACAUCUAUAGUCCACAUUCAAAGAUUGAAGUGAAGGAACGAGAUGAAGCGCGGCGAAAGAAACGAAAGGCUGGCAAAACUAUGUUGGCGUUAUUGAUGGCGUACAAACUUAAAUUUGUUGCUUUAAUACCAACGAUACUCGGAGGUUUGAUUCUUCUCAAGGGAACGACGUUACUUGCGGGAUUUUUCUUCGCUUUAUUCGCUGCCGUUCUUGGACUGAAGAUACAUUGAUAACAAAAUCAAAUAUACAGGAGCUUUGGAAGGAGCGCACCAAGAAUACAAAAUAAAAAGUGAGAAUGACAUACGACUUUAUUUCGUAAUAAUUUACAAUCAAAUUAAACUUGUAUAACUAAUCGUCGUUAUCUUUGAGAAAGUAUUGAACGCCUGUGUUCACAAAGUAACACUUGAGGCCGAAUUUAUAAUCGCUUCUCGGAGUCAAACGUAUACAUCUCGUAUACAUCUUGUAGAAUGCGUCGCGUCGUCAAGUGUGUGUUUAUAAAUAAUGAAAUUAGUCAAAUUACUUUUUCUUAGAGACCACAAGUGAAAAACGCUACGCGAAAUCAUCCGCAUGUAUUACGAUCAUUACGAAAUAAAUGUUACGUUUCUUAAAA